AUGAGAUUUGGCACCAGUGACAAUGUCAGACAUCACUUGCGAGCCAGAGCUCUCGGGAAGUUGGCGCAACUUAGUGCGCAGAGGAGAUCUGUGGUGGAAAUAGCUGACGAGAAGGAGCCCGAAGACCCCUUAGCUUUGCUGACCAAUUCGCUACCUAUUUUUUACUCGACCAAUACGAGUAAACUCUAUACUAUCCCAAUUACGUUGAACGAGUGGGAGGUUUUAAUCGCUUUGUGCCAAUGCACCCCGGGAACCUUAGAGCAGGCAGAGAGAUUGAUCAAUGAUGUUAUCUCUCCAUACUUGUUAGCCUCGCCAAGGCAGAGGAUGUCUGAAGUGUUAGAGGCUAAAUUCAAACUAAGACUGUUUAGACAGCCCAAUGAGCUUUUGACUUUACAGUUGACCAGGUUCCUUGCCAUUGCGUGCUCCAAGUAUCCGGUACUAAUGAAAAAGUGUUCUACAUUGAUUGAUGCUUACUUGAAAACUGUCUCAGAAUUAUUCAACCAAAAAUGCACCAGUCUUUUCUCGCUAAUAGGGUUCAUGAAUGCUUUUAUUAUGGAGAACGAUGCAUUGCAAUUAACCCAAUUUGUAUGGAAGAAACUCACAGGUCUCUUUGGUGAUGGAAGCUUGGUUAUUCGCUCACAGACAAAGCUUCUGUCUCAGUUUACGGGCGAGAUCAUGGUUAGAUAUCACGAAGCAGGUAAAGAGAUUUCGAACUCCCUGUUCCUGAACCUGAUGGCCAAAUUGCAGUACUCUGUGGCAUCGAGGAUUGUGUCAUUGCCGAAAGACGAACUAUCACUGUCAAAACACGUUCUAAGUUUGCACUGCCAGACUUAUAGGGCCCAGCGGGAAGAAGCAACUCGUGAUGCCGACAUGGCGGCUUCUGAAGAGUUUUAUGCUAAGGUGAGCCAACACAAGUCAAUCUUGACUGAUAUAUGUCAUUUCGCGCUGAAACAUUGCAUUGACGUUGAAGGUUUAGAUCUGUCAACCGACAUUCGUGCAACUUAUUCCUUUGAUACAAGAGCCUACUUCAUGGAAGUCCUAUGUUUAAUUCCAUUCUUCGAUAGCAUUGCUAGUGAUAUGGGCAAAAGAUUCGUGAAUCUUGUUUCUGAUGCAAUCGAUAGAUUCCUACUUUCGGAGCUCGUGACGGCAAAAUUGGUUCUUGCAAUAGUAAGUGCAGGAUCACUGUUGAAUUUCUUUACAGAAGAAAGUUCGCUAGCUUUGUUACGUUUGUUCCCGGUUCUGGUCUCUUCACAACAUGUCACCACAUCACAAGUGGCAAAGAUUACCGAGAUAUUUACAUUAGGACUACAACCGCUCAACGAAGAUGCAGUGGUGAGUACUGUUUACUCCUUGAACAACUUACUGACUGUGGGAGAUGAUGGAGCUCCUCUUCAAGUAGUGAGAGAAAGAAAACUUACGAUGGGCACAAUAACAGGCGACCAUCCAUUAAGAGAGUUGAAUCGAGACAGAGCCGGUACUUCUGAUACCAUGCAGGCUAUCCACAACAUUAACACUAAGAUGGCUCUUAUUACCGCUGAAACACACCAGGCCGACGAUGCAGCCGCCGCUACGUUUCACCACAUGCUGUUUAGAAACUGUGUUACAGCUGCUAUAUGUAUCGCUUCCCAUUACGGUGAUCAAACAAUCACCGCUUUGACAAUUACCGUUUUAACUCAAAAGGUUUUCGUUAUUUCUGAAGAGCUAGAUGCAAUAAUCGUUGACCUCUUAGCAGAUUUGGUGACUGAUAUUACAGUAACAGAAUAUGCGAUAUUACUCAAGUUCUACAAACUUACUUAUAGUCAAUCCAAGAAAAAUGACAAUGCAUGUUUGAUGAAGAGCGUCUGUGAUGCCAGGGUUAGAAUCUCGAAGCACAUGCUACUAGAAAAAUCUGACACUGAGCUUUAUAGAUAUACUUUGAUGAGUCUUUUGGAAGGUAUAACUGCAUGUGGGGAAGUAGGACAAUCAGAUCAUCAUAGACCUGAAAGGGAGAUAUCUCAUUCUGCUGAAGAAAUUGCCGCGUAUCUGCCUUCUUUGGCAGCUUUACUUCCCUCACCAGGAACAAAAGCACUGCAGUUCGAAGAAGAUGAAGUCCUUAUCAGAAGCUUCAGAGACAUCUGGUUCAACAUGAUUAUCCAUGGUUUCAGAUACGAUUCUGAGCUACUUCGUGAAAAUUACGACUCCCUUUUAACCAUCGCCUACAACUCUCCAGCUUUGGCUUCAGAAUUUCCCUCAAGUAAUAAGGAAGUCUCGUUGGAUAUGAAUGCUGUGCUAAGACGUGACUCUUCGAGCACUAUUCAUAAACAACAGAAGCAAACAAUUAAUCAAUAUCUAUCAACCAACCCGGUACAGGCAAGGACUCUUUCAACACCCAAGAUUAUGUUCUUGGCAACUACUUCAUUAUUAGAGACUUUAAGAUGUGAAGCCGGUGAUUGUUCGAAAAUUCUAUGGUACUAUUGUGAUCCCUCAUUAUUUUCAAGCAAUAUUGAUAAGUAUGUCGAAGCGAUGAACUAUGAUCUUAUUCGAAAAUACACCUCGUUAGCACAAGCUGGUAGUUCUCGUUUGUUUGGUUCGCAAGCGAUCGCACAGCAACUAACAGAUUUGAUUUUGUGUUUGUCGCACAGGAACACGCAACUCCAGAAUUCUGCAUUUCAUAGUUGUGAUAUCAUCAUCAGAGCCAUUCCCUCUGCCUUGUGCCGCCACCGCUCUUUAUACACUUUAUUGGAUUUAUUGACCACCCUAUUUGAUAGCGUUGUUGAUUGCGAGACAAACAAGUUCCAGCCUCAUUACCAAUUCAUUUUGAAGCAUUCAGAGACAAAAGUUCUUAUCCCAGAUUCCGCGUUAUGGCGUAAAACAACUCUGUCGAGAUUACAUGCCACCGCCAGAGGAUGGGUCAAAAUCAUUUUGGAUAAAGCUAAUGAGGAUACUAAGAUUUUGUUACAAUCUUACAUCUCUGAUUUGACUCAAUUUAGCAGGUCAAGCACAGUUGAAUAUGGUGUGUCCUUUGCCAUGGAAAUGGCCGGCUCAAUCUCCCUUGCAGACAAGGAACUGUCCAAACUUACUUACGUCGGGAGAGAACGCCCAAGUACGAUUGCGGGCUUCAUAUCACAGCAUUCAUGGAGAUCGAAAAACUUAGUCGAUACGGCUAUCAUUUCGUCUCCGCAAGACGUUGCCCAGCAGAUCGGAAAACACGUUGAGAAUAUCAAGCGUUCAAUCGACGCCGAAGAACCAGUAUCUUUCAGAGACACUACAAUCUUCUUGGACCUUUCUACUGCAUCUCUACUUCUAGGUAAAUUUGCUGCCGCUUCGCUAGUCUACGAUCUGGUACAUAUUCCGUUCUCGAUCUUCACUUCUCCGGCAAUCAAGACUGCUACCAAUGUCUGGCUUACUGUGAUCAAAGAGAGGCGCGACUGUGCCCAUAUGUUACUUGUUGAAGUUGGGUAUUGUUGGAUGAAAACUAUUGAUGACCGCAAGGGAUUGUUUUCUCGUGAGCAUGAUCUACCUAGAGCCGAAUACCAGAUGAUGGAAUACACACCAUAUAACAAAACGGCAAUUAACAGAGAUGCAUUCGCCGCCUCCCAAUCACUGCAACCUCAUAGACAUGUCAUUAAAUUCUUCAAGUCUCACUUUGAAGGGACUAUGUAUCAAAGUGAUCAUCUAUUAAAGUUAUUCACGCAAUGGACUCUACAUGGUUUGCGUAAUUUGCAGUUUGCGUCAUUACACCCUUUUGCACGUAUGGCCCGUCAUGAUCUGCUGAACUUUGCAAUAUCGCUACUGCAUAUCCACAAUAAGCAAAGCACAAAAUGGGCCCCUGUUCUAUGCAGAGAGAUCUGCAGAGGUGGAUUAUCUUGGUUCAUGCAGCCAAUUUCAUGGCCAUUUGGGUCAAACCAGUUGAAAAUUAAAGCCGAUUUAUCGGGCACCGUUCAAUUUUGGUCAGGACUGGAGAAAGUUUCACCACUAAUGAACCAUCAUUGUGGACACUCUUUCAGGUUGUUACGAUUCUUCCUCGUUAGUGAGAUUCGGAAAAUAGAGACCUGGUUAUCACCAUUCCAUAAGAUAGAAACAAGCGGUGACACUGAGCCUGGAGUGGAUUUGCUUAAGACAGCGUUUGAUAUUGAUGCUCAACUUGCAGUGAACUUUUUUCAAAGGUACCCCACUAAGAAGUUGGAAAGUUUUGCGAUGUCACUUGUGGUGGAUAAUCCAUUGAUGUGUGUUGGUGUACCCGAGAUGCUCGACCUUUUGCUGCUGAACAAAAGUUCGAGUAAGAAGCAGCACGACCUACACUAUGUGAUUUAUUGGUGUCCCGCAGAUCCGCUGAAAUCUAUCAAUUUCUUCCUACCGCCUUGGAAUGAUAACACAUUCAUUUUACAAUAUACAGUGUUCUCACUAGAGUCUCACGAUGUUAAUGUGACGUUCUUCUAUGUUCCUCAGAUUGUUCAAUGUCUAAGAUACGACCGCACAGGUUACGUCAGUAAUUUGAUCCUUGUCACCGGCAAAACCAGUGUUUUGUUCUCGCAUCAAAUUAUCUGGAAUAUGUUAGCAAAUAGUUACAAGGAUGGUGAAGGUAUCGAGGAGGACGCCAUCAAACCUACAUUAGAUGAUGUACGGAACAAAAUGAUCUCGACGUUCGACUCAAGCAAGUAUGAAUUUUAUCAAAGAGAAUUUGGUUUCUUCAACGAGGUGACAAGUAUCUCCGGGAAAUUAAAACCUUAUAUUAAAAAGAGCAAAGCUGAAAAGAAGCACAAGAUUGAUGAAGAGAUGGAAAAGAUUGAAGUGAAACCUGACGUUUAUCUACCGUCUAACCCCGAUGGAGUCGUUGUUGAUAUCGACCGUAAAAGCGGUAAACCUCUACAAUCGCACGCUAAAGCACCCUUUAUGGCAACGUUCAAGAUCAAGAAAACCGUUAAGGACAGUGAAACGGGUCGUCGGAAAGAAAUCGAAAAGUGGCAAGCUGCAAUUUUCAAAGUCGGGGACGAUUGUCGCCAGGAUGUGCUCGCUCUACAACUCAUUUCAAUGUUUCGUACCAUUUGGUCGAACAUCGGCCUAGAUGUCUACGUUUUCCCAAACCGUGUGACAGCUACAGCACCCGGAUGUGGUGUAAUCGAUGUGUUGCCCAACUCUAUUUCGCGAGACAUGUUGGGUCGAGAAGCAGUAAACGGACUUUACGAAUACUUUGUCACCAAAUUCGGCCGUGAAGACACCAUCGAAUUUCAAAACGCACGCAAUAAUUUCGUCAAAUCCCUAGCUGGUUACAGCGUCAUUUCCUAUCUCCUGCAAUUUAAAGAUCGUCAUAACGGUAAUAUAAUGUACGAUGAUCAAGGCCAUUGCUUACAUAUAGAUUUCGGAUUUAUCUUCGAUAUUGUCCCCGGAGGUGUGAAGUUCGAGGCUGUUCCAUUCAAACUUACCAAGGAAAUGGUCCGUGUCAUGGGCGGGUCUCAGGACACCCAGGCCUAUCACGAUUUCGAAGAACUGUGUAUCAAAGCCUACCUCGCUGCCCGUCCUCACAUGAAUGCCAUCCUUGAAUGCGUAACACCAAUGUUAGACAGUGGGCUGCCCUGUUUCAAAGGCUCAAAGACAGUACGCAAUCUGCAAAACCGCUUUCAACCACUCAAGACCGAUCAUGAAGCUGCAAUGUUCAUGAAGGCCCUAAUCAAGAAAAGUUACGAAUCUCUCUUUACUAAGGGUUACGACGAGUUCCAAAGGCUAACCAAUGGUAUCCCAUAUUAA